UUCAAGAUUGUUUAAGUUUGAGGUUUUUUUAACUAAAAUCAGAAACCCAGAGGAUUAAAAAGGCUUUUUUAAUCCUGAUUUUUGACUACUACUGCAUAAAAAUGCAUCAUAACAAAACAUACCAUCCUAUGCCAUCCCAUACACAUAAAACACCAACACCACUUACUGCUUGGAGAAAACUCUAUUCGAAAUUCAAACAUGCUCAGUCUCAAAUCCAUGAUUUUUUUGUUUUGGUUUAGGACAAUUCACUGUAUGCCUGUAAGAAAUCUAUAGUACAGACUAUUGUCACCUUUCUACGAAUUAACAAUAUUCUCCUGUUUUUCUUUUGUGCAGUCACACGGACGUCAUCAGUGUUGUUACGACAAAUGUCGAGUUUUUGUAUUGAAGAAUUUUCUUCGUCCCCGUGUGGAUAACCUGAAACAAUCGCGCGACCAGCAGACGAAGCCACCUUUCAAGAGGCAAAAACGAGAAAGCUCCCUAAGCCACCGAGAAGAUAGCUCUGAUAACGAUUGCCUUUUGGGGAAUACAAUGAAUUCCACUUUGAUAAAGCCUAACAUGAAGUUAGUGAGAUUCCAGGAACUUAACAACACAGGAACAUACAUGUUGAACGUGACGUGGAUACCUUUGCAAGAUGACAAUCUCAUCUGGGAUGGAUACAAGGUGAUUUACCAAGUUGCAAAGGAAAACUUCAAAUGCGUGAACUUGGAUAAGAAUGUCACGAAUUUUGUGGUAAAGAGUAAUUUGACAAGAGGUGUUAAAUUCAUCUUCUCUGUUUUUGCCCGGCCAUCCCCUAUUGACAACCCCGCGGAUUUUGACAUAGUUUGUCGCAUCCCAUGUAAAGAGGCGAAGCCAAUCAAUCACGAGGCAACUGGCCCUUCUUCGACUCCUGAUUCAGCUCACGACCCGAAUGCAACAACUCCUAGGAUCCCAGUUCCUUCUUCAAAGAUCAAUCGAACUUCUUCGUCACCUCCGAAUUCAGAGAUGAAAAAGACUUCUUCGUAUUCUGCGACUUCAGGUCAUAAAAAUAAUAUGAUUGCUUAUGUACUUGCAACUGUUACCAUCUCGGUAUUCGUUAUCAUUGUGGCUGCUUUGAUCGUUCACUUGCGCUGCCGUCGACAAAAACCGAAACCAAGGGAACCAUCUGUCUCCUUAACAGACAUGGAGUUUGAAUACGAUGCGUUUGUUAUAUACAGCUCCGAAGACGCAGAUUGGGUGGUAAGAACUCUUAUUCCAACUCUUGAGGAAAAGUACGGUUUAAAGUGCUGUGUUCAUUACAGAGAUUUUCUUCUUGGAGUUCCCUUUCGUCAAAAUAUGGUUGACAGCGUUUACAAGUGUAAGAAGAAUAUUGCUGUUGUGUCCACUCACUUUUUCAAUAGUAACUAUUGUGGCAC